AUGUCGAAACCGUCCGGCUUAUUCACCUCCUAUACCGACGCCGCCAGCACCUACUGGCCGCCCGGCUGGAACUUCCAGCGGUAUGCCCACGCCACGCCCUCGGACAACCCCGCCCUGUCGGACGAGGAGCGCGCCAAGAUACAGGCCGGCCUAGACUACGGCCUUACUAUCCCUAUCGUCGCAAAUUGCCUCUCGCUCAUGAUAAUGCUGGAACUGUACUAG